GGUAAAAAUAUGGUCAGCCGUACGAAGCAGAAAAAGUCGUAGUGAUACGUAUGAAUGGUGAUCAUCCAAUCACCUCGUUUCAUCCGCAAAAAUUAGAGUAAGUUAUUGGCGCCCACAUUCAACCUCCAUGCUACCUUAAUAUCUGCCGCCAUUAUUAUUUUUAUUAUUGUCAAACCACCAUGAGCGAAGUACAAGUAAAUGCCGUGCUCUCGACACAGAGCGCAGACACAGUCGAUAGCACACAAUCUAGGGAUGCCAAUGGAAACCCGAUAGUUUCAAAAAGCAAGGCUCGCUCUCUGCGAAGAAAGCGUGCGAAACAACGAAAGAAGGCGGCAAUGCAGAAUGGCGGACAAGGAGUGGAAGAAAAGAAAACAGAACCUCAGGAUAAAGAGAAUAGUGGUGCCCAGCAACCAAAGGGUCAAGCGGGCGCGAAGAAGAAAAAAAGGCACAGGAAAAAGAAAAACAAGGCACAAGCAGGCGAUGGAGCAAAACCUGAUGCUAUCAAGAACAAUAAUGGUAACAAAGUGCGAUCCAGCUCGGCGGCAACUUCAAAGAACGUGGAACCCAAGGUUACUGCGUCAACAAAGCUUUCAGAGAGUGCUAAACCCAAAGUUACUGCGUCGACAUCAGAGAUCACAAAAGGAACAGAAGAAACGAGCCCUGCAAAAAUUGAUGAUUUGCCUGUCAGAGAAGAAACCAUUGCUCCAGUUGCAACUUCGGUGGAGAUAAAAUCGGAUACCACACAAGCAACUAUUUACGACGAUGAUAAUGAAAACAACAUUGGAGAGAAAGAGGAUUGUGCGUGCGCUUGCACUCUCAUGUAAAAUUGAAGCUUUGCAUUGCCACAUUUCCACAAUGAUACUUUCAAGAUAUCGAUUAUUACAUCAUUUUGUGUCGUACUGCAGUGUUUGCCAGUAUCACUCUUUGAUUGUAGAGUCCGAUGAAGACAAAACUCAUCAAAUGGAAUCAAGUUCAAAAUGUCUGUUCCCAGAGUCCGUGAAUUUCGUGAACCUUAAGACAUGCGAUGAUACCACUUUCGAUUUCUGUAACAGGAUGUAACAUAAAACUACUUAACAUGU